AUGGCGGGGGAAACUUGGCUGCAAGAAGCCACCAGCAAGAGUGUUGUUCGUUUUCGAAGAUCCGAGCGGGUGCUGGAGGUCUUUGCCGACUUCUUCGGGCUGAGCAAGGGCUGUUGCAGCAGCCCCGGAAACUCCGAUGCUGACACGGUCCUCGUCGUGGACAGCGCGGCGCUGGCCGAGGAGGUGGAGGAUGUGAAGACGUUGCCGUCUUCAAAGUUGGAAGACGGCAAGACGCCAACGACCACCUGCUCCUUGCCGGCAUCGGCAUUGGCGUUGGACUUUGGCUUUUCUAAGACCGGUUCUGCGCUCGCGGAAGGUGCUUCAGCAGAGUUCGAGGCUCAGCAGCUGCCCGAGCUUCCAGACAAGGCUCCACUCGAGGAGGAUCAGAUUGUCGUGUCUGGCCUCAAAGCACGCAUGCAGAAGGCUAGAGGAAACCUCGAUGCCCUGCGAGAGCGAGUGCAGGUGGAGAUCCUGCAAGGUCGUGCUCCAAGCAGCCCUGCCGAAGAACGCGAACUUGGGUUCUAUUCCACCUCUACGCUGAUGCGUUACUUGUGCAUGCAAGACGGUGACGUCAACAAGGCGUUCAAGGCGAUGAGAGACACCAUGGAGUGGCGGAAAAAGACCUUCAUUCCUGCACUGUUUCCUCAGGGUUGCUCCCUUCCUUGCUGCCGGGCUUGCGCGAGAGAUCCAAUGUCCCACUGCUUUCUUUGUGUGGGUAAAGACGUUCUCGGGCGCCAUGUAAUCUACUCUUGCACAGGGCGUGCAGCCAACAAGACGCCCGAGGAUGGCAUCGAGCACAUGGCCUCGGAGCUGGAAAGGCUCUUCAAAAACUCCACAAUUCCCGGCUCCGUUGCCUGGAUCGUGGACUUUGCGGGCUUCGGGUUUGCCGAUUGCAAUCCGAAAAUUGGUGCUCUCGCCUUCCCUAUGUUUGCCAGCCAUUACCCAGAAAGAUUUGGGCAGAUUGUGUGUCUGAGUCUCCCCUACGCCUUCUAUCCGAUCUACGCCGCUGGCAGCAAGAUCUUCGACAAGGAGACGAUGGCCAAGGUGAAGAUCCUCAAAGGGGACAAGGAUUGGAAAAGAUACGGCGAUGCCUACUGGAGUCUCGCCAUGAUCCAGGGUGGACGGCCUCAGAUGAGGAGGUGGCUGGAUGCGGCCGUGAAGUGCGGGGCCCUCGAUGCCAACGGAGUGCCAGGUGGCUUUCCAGACGCGCAGUUUACCCAAGACUUGCAGCCCGGGCCCCAGGGCGGACGGAAGCCACAGAAUCUUCAAUCAGGCAGAAAAGCGCCCGAGGGCAAGUUCCAGUGUUCUGAGAUCCAUCAGGAUUCUGGAACGGUGCGCCGAGCUGUCGGAAAAGCACUGAUCAGGAUGGUUCAGAAUUCCGGUUACACUUGUGUCAGUGGGGAGGGCUCGGAGCUCCAUCUCUUCAUACCGCAGGCCUGGGCCCCUGGGCCCCUGGACCCCUGGGCCAUCGCGAGAGGGCGAGAGAUGCCUCAACGAGCCUUCCACAGGACAACCGUGGUCACCAUGGUCACUAAGAGCUCACUGCAUGGAUAUGGUGGUGAUGUGCUCAAAGCCAGAUCUGCUGGCUUCUUGGGGGGCAGUUGUCCGAGUGCGAGGGAGUGUCCUUUUCAUGCUCCGGGCCGCGAGCUGCUUGUCCAAGCCAUAUCUGGGCCGGAUUGGCUCAGGUGCGCUUUCAGCGGUGCGUCCAACGAGAUCCGCAUUUCCUGGGAGGUGCGCAGCUCUUCUGUACAGGACUGGCUGCAUGGGAUGCCCAGGUACUGCAGCUUCACCGUGCACUUCAUCAAAGACGAGGAUGGCGGGAGUGUCGCCGUGAAAGCCAAGACUGGCCAAACGCUGCUCCAGGUCGCGCACGACCACGACAUUGACAUUGAGGGCGCUUGUGGCGGAGAAUGUGCAUGCAGCACUUGCCAUGUCAUUCUGGAGAAGGAGCAGUUCGACAAAUUGCCGCCACCGGAUGAUGAUGAGGCCAGUAAGCUGACAAGAGAACAGGUUGCACUUUGUGUUUCGAGACGCUUCGGGCCGGCCCUAACCCCUCGACUUCGGACAUGCACCGUUUCGAUUGUGCCGUGUCGACUCCGAAGACUGCGGUGA